AUGCAGAAUAAAUCGAAUACUCCUACCAAAUUUCGACCUUUACAGCUUCCUCAAAGUCCAGUGGCUUCUUCUCCAGGUAAAAAUUUAACUGGCUCUCCUAGAGUAGCUAGAGAUAUUGUAGCCGAUCUUUUUAAUACAAUACAAAAUUGGAAUGAUUCACACAUUAAAGGAGCUCAAGUGGUUAAACAAAUCGCAGAAUUGAAAGCCGAUAAUAUAGAUGAGUAUUCAGAUGAGCUAGAAGAUUGUACAAAUAACCUGUAUAAUCUAGUACAAAACUUGAAAUUGUGUAGCGAGCAUUUAAAAAAAUUUAAAUCUCAAAUAUCUGCUUUACACAAAAUUGAAAGAAAAAAGGAGCCCUUGUUUAUAUCUUUAAAUGUAGGAGACAUUGGUGUCUUUGUAGAGACUGUAGUUAAUGGUUAUUUAGAAGAAAUUAAGGUUAAGGAAGUAGUGCUUGAAAAUAUAGCUCACAGUAAAAAUAAAGACGAAGUUAUGUUUUUCGCUGCAUGUUGGAUGCAUCAAACUAAUAUAACCAGUCAUAUAAAUCUCAAAUUGGAGGCUUUACUUCUUGAAACUGGUCACCGAAAAAUCAACUAA